UGAAGAGUAGUUUCCAAUGUCAAUGUUCUCUCAUGUUAUCAAGGUCUCUUGAGUGGAACACGCGGUGUUCUUGAGCGUGGAAUCUAGUGGUGCCGAGUAAUCAGCCUUUGGGAAGGUGAGAACUGAAUGGGAACAUGCCUACAUACGUACACACACUACUCUGUGCGAAAUUUGAUGAACUUUGAAUGAUAGUAGUGAACAUCAUCCGUUUGACAACCACGUGGAUUAGUGCCUAUAACGUGUUAUCGGUGUUAAAUUACCAAAGACAGCCGUUGGGUUUGCCUGAGGUCUGCAAAAAAAUCAACCUAAUUCCAGGACAUAACCACACAGAGUGACCCAUCGAGGAAAGUGGAUGUUUAUGAGGACCAUUCGAGCGGCCUAGAGACAAAAUGAAAUCACCUUUCGAAUUGUCGCGCUUGUUUUACUUCUGUCUGGCCAUUCCUCUCGUUGGCUGCGAGAUAUCUCCCCUUGAAAAUGGCAUCAAAACGCACAUCGAUCCAUCGUCCCCAUUUGGCCCAUCCUCGCCAUCCUCGAGUGAUUCUCGGAGUCCUGUGCUCUCCAACGUGGUUGGCAGUGAAUAUUAUCAACAUGGAGCAAACAAUAUCACACGAACGAAGGCCACCUUGGGUCGGAUGGCCUCGUUCAAAUGCACGGCGGACAAGAACCUCGAAGGGAAAAAGAUGGUCUCUUGGGUGCGUCACCGUGAUGUGAGUCUACUAGCCGUGGGCAAGUUUGUGUACACAAGUGAUAGUCGGUUCAAGGUGCUGCACGAGCCUGACUCGGACGAGUGGUUCCUGGUCAUCAAAUCCGUCAGUUAUGGCGAUGAAGGCAUCUACGAGUGCCAAAUCAACGCCCAGCCCGCUUACAACAGCCACAAAUACAUGCUCUCCGUCGUAGAACCUCGGACGGAGAUCCUCGGGGAGAAGGAUUUGUUCGUGGACUAUGCCUCGAGUCUCAACUUAACUUGCCUGGUCAUCAGUCCGGAUCCACCAGCUUAUGUCUUUUGGAAACAAGAUCAAAAGCUGGUGGAAGUGUCAGAAUCCUCGGGUUCCAAAGGCCACCACCACCGCCGUCGAAACCUCUGGAGCAACGGGGGUCAAGGGCGUGGCUACAUUAACACGGAUAACUAUGACGAUUCAAACCUUCGGAUCGAGUUUGCCCAAAACCAUCCUCGACCUGGGAUCACGUUGAGCUCGUUACUCAUCAAGAAAGUCAACGCCAGUCAUAGUGGUCUGUUCACUUGUCUACCUUCCAAUUCCGAGAGCCAGAGCAUACGAGUCCACGUCCUCAAAGGUACAACAUAAACAGUGCACACCCACUACGUACACAUGGUUUUUACAUGACAUGGCUAGCUAGGCACUUAGGUUUCAAUACCUUUGUUUUGAUGGACAUUGGGCCCGACAAAAAGAUGGGGAAUAAUCGAACGCUUUUGAGGGU